UCAGCAAAUAUUCGUAUUCAUUCGAUACAAACUAGCCAACCGCAUCGAUUGUGCUAAGGCAAUACAAAGUUCAUAUUCGUUGUGACUUUCGAGCAGAAACCACACACAUUUUUUCUGCUCUUCCGCGUUGAACAAUUUCUUUUUUAAAUCGAAAGUUAGGGCAUUUAUUCAAGUGUCAUUUCAAGUUCAGUCAUUUUUGUCUGGGUUUUUUUAUUUUGUGGAACAAUCGAAGAGAACAAAUAUGGCAUCAAUUAAGGAGCAACUAUUUUCUGAAGUGGCAGAAAGUGAGCCAUCAUCUGUCAACAAAGUGACCGUCGUUGGUAUUGGCCAAGUCGGUAUGGCUUGUGCAUUCAGUAUUUUGACACAGAAUGUUUCAAGUGAAUUGGCUUUGAUUGACGUAGCCGUCGAUAAACUCCAAGGCGAACUUAUGGAUUUGCAACAUGGAUCCGCAUUCAUUAAAAAUGCCAAAAUCCAUGCCGAUACCGACUUUUCGGUGAGUGCGGGUUCACGUUUGUGCAUCAUUACUGCCGGUGCUCGUCAACGUCCAGGCGAGAGCCGAUUGGAUUUGGUUCAGCGUAACACUGACAUUUUCAAGGGCAUCAUCCCAAAAUUGGUUGAAUACAGUCCAAACACCAUUUUAUUGGUUGUUUCGAAUCCCGUAGACAUUUUGACCUAUGUUGCCUGGAAAUUGAGCGGUUUGCCAAAGAACCGUGUCAUUGGUUCGGGCACCAAUUUGGAUUCGUCGCGUUUACGUUUCCUUAUGAGUCAACGUCUGAACAUUGCUCCAACCUCAUGCCACGGCUGGAUCAUUGGCGAACACGGUGACUCAAGCGUUCCCGUUUGGUCGGGUGUCAAUGUCGCUGGUGUGCGUUUACGUGAAUUAAAUCCACAGGUUGGCACUGCCGCCGACCCAGAGAAAUGGAAUGAAUUGCACACAGAGGUUGUGAACAGUGCUUAUGAAGUAAUCAAAUUGAAGGGAUACACUUCAUGGGCAAUUGGCUUGAGUGUUGCCGCACUCACUUCGUCCAUUUUACGUAACACCAACAAUGUGCAUGCCGUUUCCACCUUGGUCAAUGGUGAACAUGGAAUCAAGGAGCCAGUUUACUUGUCAUUGCCAUGCGUUUUGAACGCCAACGGUGUGUCACAUAUCGUCAAGCAGAUUCUCACCGAAGCUGAAACGGAACAAUUGCAAAAAUCGGCUGCAUUAAUGCACCAAGUUCAACAAGGUCUCAAAUGGUAAAUCGUCCACAUUUACCAAAACAAUUUACAUUUGUCACAUACGAACCUAGACUAAAACCACCACUCAAUCCAUUAAGAAAAAAAGAGAAGAAAAAAAAACAACAACAAAAAAUCCCUAUCAACAUUUACACAUUGGAAUAUUAAUAAUUUAUUUAUCGAUCCCUACUUAUCUAGUAAGAUAAGCUAUUGAAUACGAUGUAAUUUUACGAAUUGAUAAGCAUUAAAAUGGAAAGCCCUAAAUUGCAUAUAUGAGAUAAUUAGAUUAAAUUUUCUGCAUGCUCGUCGAACGAGUGUUUUCCUUCAUGCAAAUAAUAAUAAUAAAACCAAACAAAAAAAAAACUUAAAUUAAUUGAACACUUUUACAUUGAUUAGAAAUUGGUAUGUAUUAAUGAAUACUUGUCUCAAUUUGAACAAGCAAAAAAGAAGAAGAAGAAGAAGUAACGAUGAUUUAUUGUAUGUUUUUCACUUUAUGAAUUGGCAUUUUAAUGAGAUGUGGAAUUCGAAGUAAUUAGAUGAAAUUUUUGCCAAAAUUUUUAAAUUACUGAAAUUCGGACAAACUCAAAAAUUGACACAAUCUACCUCAAACCAGUUAAAGAAAAAUACGAGCGACUAUUAGUCAAAAGUAAUGUAAAGUAAAGCUAAAAAAAACAAUUGAACCAUGUGAAUGGAUUGGUUUUUAAUCACACCAAAACACACACACAGUCACGUAUAUACACAUACACAUACACUUUAGAUAAUCUAAUUCAGAAAAUGCAUGUUCAUGUCUUCAUCCAAUCUGAUGAAUCGUUUAUCAAUCGGAUUCACAUAUUUCGAUGUGAUUAGAACGAAAACAAACAGAACAAUCUAGAAAAUGAAUCAAAAGUCUAGUAAAAUGUUGAAAUUCUUGGCAUUUCCAUGGCAAAUUCGGUGUGGAAGUAGCAUAAUAAGUCAAUAUAGAUAUUGUUGUUAGUGAAAUAAAAGAAAACAAAUGGAACAAAAAUGUUCAUUAGAUUAAAUAGAUGAUGGUAACUCUUUACUGGCACCGUAUCAACAUUAUAAAAAUGCACACAAACACAAAAUCCAAUAAAAAGUAAUUGAGCAAAA